AUUUCUUCGGCCAUUCUCCUUCCCUAUGGACCAGCUUGGAAGCUUCUGCUGUAAUGCGACUAAGAAUAAUGUGUUGACUAACACCACACAGUCACCACUGAUCCUUUCUCCACCAGCGUCUGAAGAAUGGAAUGUCUUUCUGUCUAUGAUGGGGAAAUCUUUUAGGGCAUUCAUUGUGAUGCCUGAAGAUCUCUACACUGAACAGCUGUCUGGCUUUCAAUGUGGAAGAGGAAAAUUACACUUGAGCCAGUGGAUGCAGGAGCAAAACCUCAACAGAACCUAUAAUGACUCAACCAACUCCUGGUGCUGCUACAUCCAGGAUCACAACCAUGGUGUGUGUGGUUCUCUGUGCAGUCCCUGUCUGGAAUGUAGUCUUGCAAGCCGCUACGGGGAGUGCUUUUGUUUCCCGCUGCUGUUGGGUUCCACCUUAGCAUUAAGAGCCGGCACCAGAGAGAGAUACAAAAUACGUGGAACCCUAUGUGAAGACUGGAUGGCAGUUCAUUGCUGUUGGCCUUUUGCAGUCUGUCAAAUUGCCCGAGAAAUGAAGAGGAGACCUAUACUCCAGGUCUAUGAAACACACACAUCGCCACCGCCUCUUUUGUCAGUCAAAGAUGCCCUUGUCUAAAAAUGUGCAGAUGAGAAAGUGGAGUUAUGUUGCUUCUCUCCCAUUCCCCUACAAUGGCGAAACUGGCUAUAGUGUUUUUAUAAAUAAAAAUACAUUCCUGCAUGAAG